CAUGUGCAGGUUAAAAGUGUUUGUUUUUUUAAUUUUAUUUGUUACAAAAAUUUGCGACGAAGUCGACGGCGUUUGUAAGUUAUCAUUGAAAAAUGAUUUCGGAAGUCCAUCGCCCGUGUAUUUACACAAUGGCGACUUUUUGGCGCCAACAAACACGUCAGGCGACAUAUUGUUGAGACGUUCAGAAACUAUUCAUGUAGCUUGUCCGGGGAAAAAUAAAUUCAUUGUUUUGGGAAAGAACAAUACAGAUUUCAAUCUUUUUACCGUAAAAUGCGUGAAAGAUCAAACGUUCCAAGGGACUAAGUCUGCGUGGGUUGGUAACUUCAGCGAGAUCAAAUGCAACGCACCACCCUGGUUCAACACCGAAGAGAUCGGCGACUGCUAUGAGGGAUAUAAAUUUUACAAAGUUGGAUACGUGAUAGAUAAUGCUUUCUACACAACGUACGAAGCUUGUUUCAAUAAGCACCUCCUACACACAGCAUAUGUGAAGCAUAAAAUACAACCGAAAUAUACAUAUUCGCAAUCAGGCGGUAGGCGACCACAUUUCAUUGAAGGAGAUUUAUUCGGUAAAACGAAAAUGAAUAAAUUGUAUGCAAAUGAAAAUCAAAAGAGAAGAAUUAGAGAAAUAUUCGGCAAUGGGAAGGCAGAGCAAUAUAUUACUAAAAUUCAGUAUUUAAGUCGCGGUCACCUCGCUCCGCGCGGGGAUUUCCCGCUGCAUGCCCAGCAACGCGCGUCCUUCCACUACAUCAACGCGGCGCCGCAAUGGAUGCGCGGCAACGCGGGUGACUGGGCGGCUUUAGAGGACGCGGUUCGUCGUCGCGCAAUACGUUCAGAAACGAUGCUGCACGUAUACACAGGCACACUCGGAGUGACUACACUCUCUGAUGAAAAUUCCACAUACAAGGAUUUUUACCUAGACGUCGACGAAAACAAUAACGGUAUCCUCCCCGUGCCUUUGUAUUUUUUCAAGGUAAUUUAUGACCCCAGAGAGAAGACAGCUGCAGUAUUUGUGUCAAUUAACUCUUCCUAUUACAAUCAAACAAUGACAGAUAAACUAACGUUUUGUAAUGAUAUUUGUGAACACAAUUCUAAAUAUUCCUGGUUAAAAUGGCGCUCGAAUGACGGGACUCACAGUUUCUGCUGUUCUUAUGAAGAAUUUGUUAAUAAAUAUAACGUUUUACCAAAAUUAAAAGUUCAAGGCUUAUUUUUUUAAGAAAAUUAAUAUAUAAAAAUAAUUAAGACUAAAAGCUAGUAUAUAAAUGUUAUAAUGCAGUUCUGUAAUUAUUUUACGAUUACGAUACGAUUAUAUUGUUACGUUGCUUCUGUGACAACGAAUUCUUUUUUAUUUGACAUUGACAACAA